AUGUCGGCACUUCUUGUUGACGAAAAAUACUUUCCAAUCGUAAAACAAAACAUUCAUCAACUUACCUUACAAAUCCGUAAAGAUAUUGCUGCUCUAUUAGGAUUUUCUUCAACAAAGAAUUCCCAAACUUUAUGCAACAUGGUUGAACUAUUACUUCCUGAAACAAAGACUUCUACUUGGUUUUUUUGGAGUAGAAAAUUGUGUGAUGAUGCCAUUUCGGAACCAAUCCUCGACAAAGAAGUGUUCGAUGAUUUGACCGCGAAACAUCAAGAUAUUAGAGUCAAACUGGACCGCACAAAUACGGAUGCACUCAAAGUACUAGUAGCAAUGAAGGUUAAAACCGGAUACGAUUUAGCAUCACUACUAGAGCGUUCUUAUCGUGAUCAAUUACGCAUACUUGUGAACUUUCUCAACAUGAUGGAUAUUGGUAUAACGGUGAUAAUGGAUUCGCUUGAUGAAACAGAGAUUUUUUUCGAUAAACAAGACAUCAACUUCAGCGCAUUGCAAACGUUUGUGAACUCUUCAGUUAAUGAUGAAGUUCUGCAAAUGGUAUUGGGUAAUUGGGGUAAAGGAGGUAAUAAAUUCAAUAAGCUUUCCUUUCAUUUCUUUAUUCCGGAAAUACCGAGAGCUCCAUUUAAAAUUUCGUGGAGUCGGCAAGAUAAGAUUCCUGUCACUAAAUUAGAAUGGGACGAACUCAAGCUGAUUAAUUAUGCCGAUUAUGUUUUGGAUCACUUACGAAAACAAGCAAAACAUCAAUGCCGUCCCUUACCAGAUAUAUGUUCGUUAUUUGGCGACGAGAAGUUAUGCAGCAAAUACAUACGGCUCCUACGGCAUCCUCGUGAUUUAAAUAUAUUUUUCAAGAAAUUAAUUCAACGUAUGAAUACAGUUUGUACCAAACGAAAUCCACCAUUCAUUGCCACUGAGGACGAUCUAGAAGCUGUGCGCAAGAUCGUCGAAACCGAAGUUCUGAAAGAAGACUAA